AUGGACGAGGUCGGCGCUCAAGGUCUCGCUCGCGUUCACGCUCGUCCAGGAGGUCAUCGAGAAGCUAUUCUGUCCGCUCCAGUCGCUCUCGUACUCGGUCCUACUCUUCGCGCUCCCGUUCUCGGUCGAGGUCGUACUCUUCUUAUAGUCGCAGCCGUAGUCGUACCCGCUCUCGCUCAGUCAGCCGAGGAAGGAGAUCAGACAGAAGCUCCAGCCGAGAUGACAUUAGAGACAGUCGUUCACGGUCCCCUCGUCCAGCAUAAAACUUGA